CCCUCCGGAAAAUGUGGUAGCGGCAAAAAGUCGUGCCAAGACGCUAAAGAUUGGAUAAAGUCCGCANNAGACACCUCCGAGUCGCAAAGUGGUAGAAGCAGAAGCAGCAAAACAGCAUCGUCAGUCGCAUCUCGCACCGUCGCCAUCAUGUUCACUUCUACUCCUUCUCUGGGACGCGCCCUCCGUCGCCUCGCUCUCACAACCAAGCAAGCCGGCAAGGACUACUACAAGGGUACCGGCUCAGGCUCCAUGGGUCGUCACACAAAGUAUGGUGGCUACCGUAUCGACUGGUCAAAGGUCCGCACCUACCUCGUUCCUGACCUGUCCGACUUCCACCCCUUCGUCGCAGAGAACAUCGACAAGCCCACAAAGACACACGAAUUCGCCGGCCCCGUCAACGGAAAAAUGUACCUCGAUGCAUGGAAGAACCAGGGCGGCGACAUC